ACUUUUAAAGAAAAAAAUGAGAAGCCUUUUAAAAGAAUAAAUAAAUUCACUUUUUCAUAAUUAAACUCAGUGAUAUUUUAAGAUAAUUUUUGUUAUUCAUUAUGAUGAUGCACCACUGAACAUUUAAACUUAAAUUGCAACUGAAAUAUUGUGUAAUUUUAUAAUAAGGUGAUAAAAUUACAAUGUUUGAAUCACGAAAAACUAUUUUGGUGCACAAGCCACCAUAUCAAUUUCCAAACUGUUGGUUUCACAUCCCAGAUGAAAACGAUUAUUCUGAUGGAUCUAAUAUACCGACAUAUGACCUUGAGCUCACAAAAUCUGCCAUGGAUCAAACAUUUAAUCUUUGCGAAUCAUUAAACGUAGCAAGAAAGAACAUAAAUACCGAAGAAGACGACUGGGAAGAAAAGGUUUCCAAACUGGGAUGGUCUACAAAACAUCAUCAAUUGUUCAAUCUAAUCGUUAAAGUUCUUGACUAUGAUCGUCUUUCUCGUCUUGCUAAUGUCAACAAUAAGCGUUACGAAGCAAUUCAAAGACGAAUAUCAAUUGAUAAAUCAGCUGAUAGAAUGCGGAAAGCACUUGCAAGUGUUUCUUGGGAUAUACAAAUGUGUCAAUGGAUUCAUGGAAUUUUCAUGGACCAGCUUCCGUCAAGCUAUCUUGCAUCAUAUUUAGAGAUAAUGCAAACAUUGAAAGUGAAAUUACCUUCUCUGGUCGAUAAAAUGAUUUUCUGGAAGCCAGGAAGUGUCAAUCAAGAUCUGCUUGCUCCGAUUCUCAAAAAACCUUGGCAGCCUGUGCUUAACAAUAAAUAUCGGAAACUUCCAGGAAAUCCUUUACUUGUGGUAAUUCCUUCUGCAGCACCUCGUCUUACGCCACAAUCUUCUCGUUUACAGAAACUUUAUACUCUCUUCACAACAAUGGCGCCAAUGCUUCCAGUACAAUUAAAUAUCAAUGGAAUUGCAGCUCAAAAUCAAUCACUUCAAUCAAUCGCUGAACAAACUGUGUCGAUAACUCGAACAAAAAUUCAAGAACUGCAAGCUGAAAAUCCAGAUCGUCGAUUGAUCUUAAUAGGAAUGAAUUCAGCAUCAGUUUUAGCUAUGCAAGUAGCUUUAGUUGAGCAAGUUUCUGGUGUUGUUUGUUUUGGCUUCUCUUACAACACAGUACACGGUGUACGAGGACAAGCUGAUGAUCAAUUACUUGGACUUUCAACGCCAGUUUUAUUUCUUGUUGGUCAAAAUGCUGCACGCAGCAAUGAAGAAGAAAUUGAAUUCUUUCGAGAGAAAAUGUCUGCGCCAACUUCAUUAGUUGUAGUUGGAUCAGCUGAUGAUUUCCUAAGAGUCACUAAAACGAAACGUCGAAUUGAAGGAGUAACACAAGAAAUGGUUGACAACAUGAUUGUUGAUGAAAUUGCUGAAUUUUCAACGAAAUGUCUUCAAAGACCUUUGAAAAUCAAACCAAAAGUUUCUUUCAACGCACCAAUACGUGACAUUGAUUCCUCUUGUGGACAAUUGAAGAAGAAAAUGAAACUGACUAAUAUUGAUGAAAAUAAUUCAAGCAAAGUUCUUAAUAAAUCACAAAAAAACAUGAGACCGACAUCGACGACAGGAAUUUCUGGAAUAAAUGAAGAUGCAACUGAAAUGGCAGUACAAAGUAUUUUACCAGCGGAUCAUGAGGAACAAAUUCCAGCACAAACAAUCAAAUCAUCAUCUACAAAGUUUAUCACUGGAAAUCGAAUUGUUACUAGUGCUGUAGAAAAGAAAAUGGUUUUGUCAGUUAAACCACAAGUAACAAAAUCCAAGUUCAUUGCAAUGAGAGGAGAGAAAAAUCCAAGAAUUAAUAUCCAAUCACGACCGAUUUCCAAAGCGGGAUCGAGAUCAGUAACGCCAUCAUCGCAGCCAUACGUGCUCAAUAAUCGAGGUUUGACGGUUGGGAAGUCAACUCAAUCUCAGCAACAAAGCUUCAGUCCUACAAAGUACACAAUAGUCCGGUCAACGUCAAAUAUUCCUAACGUUUCUUAUUCGAAUGAUUCUUCAUCAAAUCCUGAAGUUUCAGGGACAAAUAUUUUCGAUAUGCCAAUUGUGUUUGCUGAUCAUGAUGGAAAUAUUGACGAGGAUUCCUCACGAAUGUCAGAUGAGGUUAUUUCAAUUGCUAGCGAUUCACCACCGCAUGUCGCCAAACAAGUUGUCUUAAAAACAUCAAAUGUGUCUAAUUCAGCGUCUUCAGGAACGUCAUCGUUUACAAUCACCAAAAAUAAAAAUAUUUUGAUUCAAAAACCUUUACCAAAGCCGACACAAACAACAAGAAUGUUUAUGAUAAACGGCACAGUGAUUGGCAGGCAAGUUUCACCUAACAAUAUUGUUCUACCGAAAUCAAAUCUGACUCAAACAUCUAAAAUUCAAAAGAUUAUUCCGGGAACAAAGAUAUUAAAUGCACAAUUGAAACCGUCAACCGCGCCAGUAGGCAAGAAAAUUGAAAUUCUUAAUAAUACAAUCAUUAAACCGGCAACUACAACUUCUGCUGCGACUACAUCAAAAAUUCAACCAGCAACGUUUGUAAAUUUGGCAGAUACAAAAACGACAACUGGAAGGUUUUCGCUAACAUCAUCAACGCCGAUUAAGAACCAAAUUAUCAUUAACACAAGCACUUUAAAGCCCUACACGGGUUCACAAAUUAUACCAACGUCACUCGGAAGAGCUCCCAAUUUCAUUAACAUGGCUUGCAUUGAAGGGAGAAAAGAAAAAUGUGCACUCUGCAAUAAGACAAAAGAUAUUCUUCAUGGAAUAUGGGAGCGUUGCAGUAACCGCUUAAUUUCUGAAUUAAUUUCUGAUUUUUUGCGAAUAGAGUUUCAUGAUCUAAUGUCGAAAAAAAUUUGCUGUGGCUGUCUUAAAGUGUUGGAAGACGUAAAUUCGUUGCGAUAUGAGGGCAAAAUCAAUGUAUCAGAAAAUAAUUACAACCUUUCGUCCGAAGAGCUCACUCAACUGAUGUCUAAUAAUUCUAUCCGAAAAAGAACUUGGGAACAAAGCCAAAAGAUAAUUGUUACUCCAAUGAACAUAGAAAUACCAAGCGAUUCGUCAUUGAAAUCAAAUUGCUGUGGUAAUUCUUCUCCUUAUACUCAAAUGCCAACACCCAUUCGCAACUGGACAUCCCUUCUUGAGGAAUCCUCUCAAGAGUCUUCCGAAAAUAAGAUUAAUAAUAACAAUAUGUCGUUAUUACCAUUUCUUUCGGAUUCUAGUUGUAAGAAAAUUACAAAAAACAAUGAUAUAAAGUUAUCAGAAGAAGAUUAUCCCGAAGAAGACAUUAUCAGUGAUGAAAUUUGCCAUAUUUUUGAAUGUGAAAAUAACGGAAGUAGAACAGAAAGUUUUAAAAACUCACGAGAAGAAAAAGGUAUCCCAGUAGAUUCUGGAACGUCUUCAUCAGCGUCAUCAUCAAUAACAGGAGCGAGCGGUACCAUUAAUCCUUUAAAUGGAAAUAUUUACUCUCCUAACUACCACAAUCUGUUGAAAAAACGAAUUUUGCUUCCUGUUUUUGAAUAUCGUUCAGAUUUCAUGAGACUUCUUGCUGAACAUCAAUGUAUAGUGCUUGUAGGUGAAACAGGAUCUGGUAAAACUACUCAAAUCCCUCAAUGGGCCGUAGAAUAUGCUCGAUCAAUGGGCGGCAAAGGUGUUGCAUGCACACAACCCAGAAGAGUUGCAGCAAUGAGUGUUGCUCAGCGUGUAUCUGAAGAAAUGGAUGUUCUAUUAGGUCAAGAAGUUGGCUACAGCAUUCGUUUUGAAGAUUGUUCAUCGCCAAAAACAGUUUUGAAAUAUAUGACUGAUGGUAUGUUGUUACGUGAAGCAAUGAGCGAUCCAAUGCUCGAAGCAUAUCAAGUCAUUCUCCUCGAUGAAGCUCAUGAAAGGACACUUGCUACUGAUCUAUUAAUGGGAGUGUUAAAAGAAGUCGUUAAGCAACGUUCUGAUUUGAAAUUGGUCAUCAUGUCAGCAACUUUAGAUGCCGGCAAGUUUCAAAAUUAUUUCGAUAAUGCACCUUUAAUGAAUGUUCCUGGUCGUACACAUCCUGUUGAAAUAUUCUACACUCCAGAACCAGAACGUGACUAUCUUGAAGCAGCAAUAAGAACUGUUAUACAAAUUCAUAUGUGUGAGGAGAUUGAAGGCGAUGUUUUAAUGUUUCUCACAGGACAAGAAGAAAUUGAAGAAGCUUGUAAGCGUGUCAAACGCGAAAUAGAUAAUUUGGGUCCUGAUGUUGGAGAACUGAAAUGUAUUCCACUUUAUUCAACAUUACCACCAGCUGCCCAACAGAAAAUCUUUGAACCAGCACCACCAAAACGAUCGAAUGGCGCAAUAGGACGAAAAGUUGUCAUCUCAACGAACAUCGCUGAAACAAGUUUGACAAUUGAUGGAGUCGUUUUCGUUAUUGAUCCGGGAUUUGCAAAGCAGAAAGUUUAUAAUCCACGCAUACGUGUUGAAAGCUUAUUGGUUUCACCAAUCAGUAAAGCAUCAGCGCAACAGCGAGCUGGACGUGCUGGAAGAACAAGACCAGGAAAAUGCUUCCGACUCUACACAGAAAAGGCUUACAAAAAUGAAAUGCAAGACAAUACAUAUCCUGAAAUUUUGCGAUCAAAUUUAGGAACUGUUGUGCUGCAAUUAAAGAAACUUGGAAUUGAUGAUUUAGUUCAUUUUGAUUUCAUGGAUCCACCGGCACCCGAAACACUUAUGAGAGCAUUGGAACUUUUAAAUUAUCUUGCAGCACUUGAUGACGAUGGAAAUUUAACUGAUCUCGGAUCUGUCAUGUCAGAAUUUCCAUUAGAUCCACAACUUGCUAAAAUGUUGAUCGCUUCAUUCCCGCAGUGUUUUGUACGUCCAAAUGAAAUGAAGAAACAAGCAGAUGAAUCAAAGAUGAGAUUCGCUCACAUUGAUGGAGAUCAUUUGACAUUGCUGAAUGUUUAUCAUGCUUUUAAGCAGAGUAAUGAAGACCCUCAAUGGUGUUAUGAAAAUUUCGUGAAUUAUCGUUCAUUGAAAUCAGCUGACAAUGUCCGACAACAGCUUGCUCGUAUAAUGGAUCGCUUCAACUUGAAACGAACCAGCACAGAAUUUACAUCAAAAGAUUAUUACAUCAACAUUCGUAAAGCUUUGGUUCAAGGUUUCUUCAUGCAAGUUGCCCAUUUAGAACGUACAGGGCAUUACUUGACCAUUAAAGACAAUCAGAUUGUUCAAUUACAUCCAUCAACAUGUUUAGAUCAUAAACCAGAUUGGGUUAUCUACAAUGAGUUUGUACUCACAACAAAAAAUUACAUUCGAACUGUCACCGAUGUUAAACCUGAAUGGCUUCUUAAAAUUGCACCUCAAUAUUAUGAUCUUAACAACUUCCCACAAUGUGAAGCUAAGCGUCAACUGGAGCUUUUACAAGCACGAUUGGAGUCAAGACAAUUCACGCAAGGAUUUUAAGAAAAUUUCCAAUUUUCUUUCUUCUGAUAUUUAAGCUGACGUUUAGUUUCUUAAUUAGCAUAUAACUUUGUAUCUGAAAUUCAAUUAUUAAAAUAUUCUGUCAGUGAAGAUUAAAAUACAAGAAAUAAAAAUAUAAUUUCAAAAAUGAUU